AUGUCUAGGCCAGAGUCUCCCCAGGAGCCGGAACAGCUGCGGAAAAUUUUUGUUGGAGGGCUGAGCUUUGAAACAACUGAUGCAAGUCUGAGAAAUCAUUUUGAGCAAUGGGGAACACUCACAGACUAUGUAGUAAUGAGAGAUCCCCACACCAGGCGCUCCCGAGGCUUUGGGUUUGUCACAUUCAGCACCAUGGGGGCAGUGGAUGCAGUCAUGAAUGCAAGGCCACACAAGGUGGACGGAAGAUAUGUGGAACCAAAGAGAGCUAUCUCAAGAGAAGAUUCCCAAAUGCCUGGUGCUCACUUCACCGUGAAAAAGAUUUUUGUUGGUGGCAUCAAAGAAGACACAGAAGAGUGUCACCUAAGAGAGUAUUUUAAACGCUUUGGGAACAUUGAGAUGAUUGAUGUCAUAACUGACAAAGGCAGUGGAAAGAGGAGAGGCUUUGCUUUUGUGACUUUUGAUGAUCAUGAUUCUGUAGACAAGAUUGUCAUUCAGAAAUUCCAUAUUGUGAAUGGCCACAACUGUGAAAUAAGAAAAGCCUUGUCUAAGCAAGAGAUGGCUAGGGUUUCAUCCAACCUAAGGGGCCACCGUGGUUCUAGAAAUUUUGGUGGUGGUUAUGGAGGUGCUUUUGGUGGGAAUGCCAGCUUUCUCUAUGGAGGAGGCAUCAGUGGGCAAGGUGCUUUUGGUGGCAGCAUGGGUAGUGGUGGAUUUGGUAGUAGUGCAUUUGGCUAUCAGGGAUAUGGUAACAAUAGUAGAAGUUUUCUAAGUGGUGGAAGUUACAGUGAUUUGGGCAGUUACACUACUCCGUAUUCAUAUUUUGGGCCUAUGAAAGAAGGAAACUUUGGUGACCCAAACUCAGGCCCCUAUAGUGAUAUCAGCCAACAUUUUUCCAAACCACGAAACAAAGGUGGUUAUCGUGGUUCCAGCAGUGACAAAAAGCUUUAAUUGUCAGGAAAGCUCAGACAAGGAGACCCAGAGAAGUGAAAAGGGAGCUACAGGUUACAACAGAUUUGUGAAUUCAUCCAGACACAGUGGUAGUAAGAUUUAGCCCUAC